CCGCAAAAUUUUUGCGCCGUUCAGUGCCGCCCAAGCCUGCACAGCGAGCUGACGAGCACCGAAAUAAUCAGGGCAAAGCGAGGCAAGCAGCGAACUGCGAUACAACGGCCGUCCACCUGGCGGUGCCUUUGUGGGGGGUCUCCUGCUCGUGCAACAUGGCGGCGAUCACACGGCUAUGCAGGCUGAGCCUGAAACUCGAGAAAAUGUGGGCCGUCGCGCCUCCGCAGGCCCGCUUCUUGUCUUCGGUGGUCAAGCAUAGAGCACCGUGUCAACCGCUGUCGGCGGCGUCACAGCCCGCACUACAGGCCCAGCUGUUAUACCAGGUGCAGGCGUCGACACAGUUCCUCCCGUUGCGGUCGUACAGCGACAAGCCACCUCUGACAUUAGACUCCAUCCGCGACAGAACCAUGCUCGUGCUGAAGUUGUACGACAAGAUCGAUCCCGAGAAGCUCACGCUUGAAUCGCAUUUCAUCUACGACCUGGGCCUAGACAGCCUGGACUGUGUCGAAGUCAUCAUGGCCAUCGAAGACGAGUUUGGUUUUGAGAUUCCGGACACGGAUGCGGAGAAGUUGGUGAAGCCUGCGGACAUAAUCCAGUAUGUGGCCGACAAAGAAGACGUUUACAAAUAGACGCUGCCUGCUACUAUAAAAAGGUUGCCGAAAGAUUUGCACGGGCUUGGUCAUGGGCUCGUCCAUUUGAACAGUUGUCGGAGGAUAGUGCGCACCUUUUCUUUAUUAUUUUUUUUUUCUGUGUACAGUAGACAAAUAAAUCUUGGUUUGUUCUACAUUGUGCCCAGGGCAAAUGUGCUCCUGCCAAUGUUGCACAGCCCACAACCGCAUCUAA